AUGGUGGCCACCGCGUUCUUACUGCCCUGGGCAUGCUUGCUGAGCAUGGCCCUGGCGGCUCGAAGCGCGGCAGACGGGGGCCCUGUUCUCUGGGACCGCCCCUUUGUCACGGUAUGGAACGCCCCGAGCCAGGAGUGCAGCACAAAAUACCAUGUGCCCCUUGACCUGGGGGUCUUUGACGUGGUGCUGAACCGCAACGAGUCCUUCCUGGGCCAGGAGAUCGCCCUCUUCUACAGCAACACACUGGGCCUCUAUCCACACUACACCCCGGAGGGGACAGCAGCCCAUGGGGGUGUCCCCCAGAAUGGCAGCCUCCUGGCCCACCUCGGCAAGGCGAGGCACGAUAUCCAGGCUGCCAUAUCGGAGCCAAGCUUCCGGGGCCUGGCGGUGAUCGACUGGGAGAGCUGGCGCCCUGUGUGGGCUCGGAACUGGGAUGCCAUGGAGCUCUAUAAGGAGAAGUCCCAAGAACUGGUCCAGGAGCAGCACCCCGACUGGCCCCCAGACAGGGUGGCCGAGGAAGCUCAGGAGGAAUUUGAGCAAAGCGCUCGGGCCUUCAUGGAGCAGACCCUGGCGCUUGGCAAGAGCCUGAGGCCUGGGGGCUUCUGGGGUUUCUAUGGCUUCCCCAGCUGCUAUAACUAUGAUUUCAAAGCGGCCAACUACACAGGGGAGUGUCCCACCAUGGAGCAGCAGCGGAACAAGCAGCUCUGGUGGCUUUGGAACCAAAGCCGGGCGCUCUACCCCAGCAUCUACCUGCCCAAGGAGCUCCGGCUGACAGACCAGGUUGGCAAGUUUGUCCGGCACCGUGUGGCCGAGGCGUUCCGGGUGCAGGGGCAGAUGGGGACCAGCAGCCUCUCAGUCCUACCUUACACCCGUAUCCAGUAUGACUUCACGGAGGACUUCCUCUCGCAGGAGGACUUGGUCCACACCAUUGGGGAAAGUGCUUCUCAAGGUGCCUCAGGAGUUGUGCUGUGGGGCAACGAGGAUUACACUCGCUCACGGGAGUCCUGCCUGGCACUGAAGGAGUAUGUGGACAGGAGCCUGGGCCAUUACAUCAUGAAUGUGACCAGCAGCGCCACACUGUGCAGUGUCACGGUGUGCUCCAGCCACGGGCGCUGUGUGCGGCGAGCUGGGCACCCCGGCGCGUUCCUGCACCUCAGCCCCUCCAGCUUCACCGUCCAGAGGCACCACAGCCGGCCCCACAGCCGGUCCCACCUCCACCUGAAGGGACAGCUGGCAAAGCAGGAGCAAGCCAAGCUGGUGGAAGAAUUCAGCUGCCAAUGCUACAAUGGCUGGACAGGGACUCAGUGUGAACGUGAGGGCAACCCAGAGUGA